AGAAUUCAACUUGUUGCAGCCAAAUAAACCCUAGACCUUUCUUAAACCUCCCAUGGGAGAACAGGAAGGAGGCGUAGUUAUUUGCAGCACAAAGCCACUUAUGGAACCACCAGAAUCAUCAUCUAAAUCCUGCGAAGAAUGUAAAACAAACAUAUUCAAGUACAAAUGCCCAGGUUGCUCCGUACGUUCUUGUAGUCUCCCUUGUGUCAAAGCUCACAAACAACGUACUGGAUGUACAGGCAAAAGACAACAACAUACAGAGUUCGUUCCUCUUUCUCAAUUCGAUGACAAUCUCAUUCUAUCUGAUUACAACAUGCUUGAGGAUGUGAAGAGAAUAGCCGAUUCCGCCAAGAGAAGGAGACUACAGCUCUGUGGGAAAUUCUUUCAUGGGCUUCCACACAACCUUAAAAGCUUGAUGAGGGCUGCUGGGAAUCGGAAGAUUAAACUUUUCUUUUUGCCAAAUGGAAUGUCAAAAAGGGAAUCCAACCAGACUUUCUUUGAUAACAGGAAUAAAUCUAUUUCGUGGACAAUAGAAUGGCGCUUUCAUUCAACCAACAUCAAGUUGUUCGACCACGGAGUACAUGAAGAUUCAAAUCUUUACUCGAUGAUUGAGAACCAUCUAAAAUCUGGUCCAAGGAAUCAUGCGUUGCAGCCGUUUCGUCUUGAGCCCGUGGAAUCUCUUAAAUUUUUCAUUAGUAAACACCCAAAGCAACCAAGAUCACCAUUUCGUGAGUUGGACAUACAAGCCCCGCUACGCCAACAAUUGGCCAGUCUAGUCAUCAUAGAGUACCCUGUGAUUCACGUGUUCCUUCCUUCACAUAGCCUCAAUUUUGAAGUCGUUAAAGACAUUAUCACUCAUAUAGUGCAGCCUAAGCCGGACCCGGUCAAAGAUAGUCAACCAAGCCCCAAAGGCACGUUCUUCAGGGAAGAAGAAAUCAAAGAUCAUGACUCCGCAGAUCCUCAUGUUUUGGAUCUCAUGAAUCGGUCAAAUAGCAAAACAGAGCCGAAAGACAUUCCCAAAUCUCUUGAUUCCACUAACAAAAACGAAGCGGGGGUUGAACUCGGGGUUGCCGACUUGAUGAAUUUUGACUUUGACCCCGAGUUAGUCGAUGUUUAUUCUAAUCUCAUCUCAGAGACGAACCCUGAUGAUUUUCUUGAUAUGGAUAGUUUAUUGUGUGAUGAUAUGCAACUGCAUGAAGAAAAGAGAGAUUGCAAAGUUAUCAAAGAAGAAUUGGAGGAAGGAGAGAUAGCGGAUUCCGACUAGCUUUUUGGGUGGUCGUGAACGACUUUUACAGAUACGUUAAUCGAUCUUUUUUUUGUAGAAUGUCGAUUUUAUGUUGAUUACGCAACUCGGUUUUAGUCUUCCCGAUAACGACGAUAAAGAUUGGAGGGAGGGUGAUUUUGAAAGUUACAGCAGUUGAUGCAUUAGUGCAAAGAGGUAUCCUUGAAUUGUAUUUUGGUGGAUGUAUCAAACAGUUGAGAUAUAUGAGAGAUAUGAAGAUGCAAAUGAAU